AGAGUUAUUCCGGAGUCGCCGGAGUAUCGAAGCCGCAUUUGCGCUUGGUAGAUCGUGUCGCUAGUACCAUCAGAAGGAUUCAAACAGAAAAACUUUUACGAAAGACCGAAAUUGUGCGUGCUUCUAGUUCACUUUUCUACCUUCGAAAAUACAAACCCAUGACUCAUAACUGACCCAUGCGGAACACCCUUCGACGUGAAAGCUAGCUUCGAGUGCGGUGCUUCAUUUCCAAACUAUGGAUUAACCCUACACACAUCCCAAGAAUCAAAGAACAGGCCAAGUGACAACAUGUAUCAAUCGACGAUUCCAAUUGAACACCGGAUGUCGACUUUGACAAUACGUUCGAAUAACCAAGAGCAGCCGGAGUACGGCUACAACAAUCGCGUUCUUUCGAAAUACGACUCGUACCACGGUCUGCUGUACAGGGAGGACCAUCGCAGAAGAUUGUCCUCGACCGGAGAGGGAAGCGGGGACUCGAGUACUACCACUUCCGGUUACAGCGAGAAGGAGGAUGGAAGCGAGGGACGGGCAGAGAGCGAGGAGAACGACAGGGAAACCGAAAGUCCCAGGGCCGAAAGUCCGACCGACGGUAGAAUAAGCGACGAUGAACGGCAGCAAGUCGAAACAUUCUUCAGGGGAUUGAAGACACAGGUAUUUGUGAGUGGAUCGCUAGCAAAUCUGUACACGAAAACGCCAAAUGAUCAAGACUGGCAGAUCAAGUUUCCCGGCAUUCCUGUGGUGAUUUUGGAUGUCGGCGAGGCGAGGUCCAGGAAUAAGCGUCGAAUACAAAUCGUGCUCGCAGAAAGGGGGACUUGUUUCAUGCUUUGGCGCGACACAAUAGACAAUCUGACGUCUUACAAAGUGUCCUCGUCUGCUUUCCACACAAUGUACUAUUCCGAAGAUCACACGGUCCAAGUUGGAUUCAGUUUCGACAUCGAAGAAGCAGCAAGGGAAAUGUGGACGCAUAUCGAGCGACUCGUCUCCGAUCCGGAAAACAUUUCCCUCUCGAUGCCCGGCAAAAAGAAGAAGAAAAAGGAGAAGAAGGCCCCGAAACCGUCGCCGUUGCCACAGAAAACGCAGAUCUCUUUGCCGUGCUGUUUCCAGCACGUCACCAAUAUCGACCACGACGACCGGACCAAGUAUUACUCCUUGAAGGAGUUCCUCCCCAGGAGUUCGGGCUUCAACAAAAUAAGGGAUGACUUUUAAUUUAUUUGAAAUAUCAAAAAACAAGCAACCUUUUAUACUUAACAUCCAAAAAAAAAUAUAAACAAAUCGAUUUCGACUGACUUAUUAACUAGAUCGCAAUUAUUUUAAUAUUGUAGUUUGUAUCGAUGUAAGUUAUAUGUGUCACAUAUCUAAAAAAACAAAAGUAAAAAGCUAAAACUAUAUAUCAUCAAUUUAUAUAUUAUUAUAUAAUGACGUCACGAAAAGAAUAUACAUAGUGUGC